UUAGGGUUUAAGUGCUCCCUCCCACGCACACACAACAUAAAUACAAAAACCAGAGACCGCUUCUCUCUCUCUCUCUCUCUCUGUCUCCGCUUUCUCACUUCUCCGGCAAACUCCAAAACCCUCUUCAAUGGCGAUGACCUCUCUAGCCGCGCAGUUACAAGUCAUAAAAUCGUUCGUACCAGGAGACUCUCAGCCUCUCAAGCGCCCUUUCACUCGCCCUUCCAUUCUCUACGAUCCCAAAGAAGCCGCCGACAUCGAUGUCGAUACCAUUCUCUCCAUUGCUCUCCAAGGUUUGGAGGUUUUGAUAGAUACAGAUGAGCGUUUCAGAAACUACAAGAACGAUUUGUUUAGCCAUAAAAGCAGAGAAUUGGAUAGAGACUUGUUAGGUAUAGAGGAAAACAAUCGAAUUAACGCCUCAAUCGGUUCGUACUUGCGGUUAUUGUCUGGUUAUUUUCAACUUCCUUCGGCCCUCAAGACGCUUGAGUACUUGAUUCGCCGAUACAACGUUCAUAUAUACAAUUUUGAGGAAUUGAUUUUAUGUACUUUGCCAUACCAUGACACACAUGCGUUUGUUCGAAUAGUACAGUUAAUCGGCACGAGAAAUAGUAAAUGGAAGUUUCUUGAUGGUGUGAAGACCACUGGUGCACCGCCACCUAGAAAGGUCAUAGUGCAGCAAUGUAUUCGGGAUAAGGGGGUUCUGGAAGCUAUAUGUGACUAUGCAACUCCGUCAAAGAAGAAUCAGCCUUCAAGGUUCAUUAUCAGCUUUUGCACGGCAGUUGUUGUAGAGGCUUUGGGUUCCAUUACAACGGUUGAAGAUGAUGUUGUAAAGAGAAUCCUUCCGUUUGUAGUUUCUGGACUUCAGCCUGGCACAAAAGGAGGGUCAGAUCACAAGGCGGGUGCUUUGAUGAUUGUUGGUUUACUUGCAAAUAAAGUUGCAUUGUCCCCUAAACUUGUGAAGAGUUUGAUUCGGUCAAUUUCUGAGCUCGCUCGAGAGGAUGCAAAAGAAUCAACUGAUUUGCAAUGGUUUCGGUUGUCACUUUUGGCUUUAAUUAACCUUGUUCAGAUGCAAACUUUUGAUAUGUUUCCAAAGAAGGCUUUGGAUAUUUUGAAGGAUAUAAGGGAUUUGGCUGUGAUUCUUUUGGGAUUGUCGAAGGAGUUCAAUAUUGAUAGAUUCCUUCAUAUGCUUUUGGAAGCCCUGGUUGACUGCAGUUCUUUUGAUGAAUUGUGCCGUCUUGCUUUGGUAUCAAUAAUAGAGACAGUUCCUGUAAAAGAUUUAGUUUUCCAUGUAGUCAGUAAGGUGCUAUUGUCCUGCAUGAAAUUGUCACAAAAAAUGGGCGAUCCAGGAUCAUCUGAAUCUGGAAGCUGGGCAAAGAGAAUUUUGGUGGUUGUGAACAAGCAUUAUCCAUCUGAACUACGUGCAGCAAUUCGCAAGUUCCUUGAGGAUACUAAAGCGCAAUCUAAGAAAGGGGAGUCAACAUAUGAGAUAUUGGGGAAGGUGUUGGAUACAAAUUUGGAUAUGUCACUGGGUAUAUCGGAUUCAAAAUUUUGGUUGGCAUUGCAUCAUCCAAAGGCUGUGGUCCGAUGUGCUACAUUGUCCCGUUUAAACUCCUCUGGCAUUCUGAAAGUUAAGGCUGUUGAUUCACAGAGUCUUGUAACUAUUGAAGAUGCCAUAUUACGACAGCUUCACGAUGAUGAUCUAACUGUGGUUCGGGCAGCUCUAUCUCUAGAUGGAUUGUCUGAUAUGAUAAGUUCUUCCGAUUUUCUAAAAGAAUUGCAAUAUGUGCUUAAAAGAUGCAUUGGCAUUCUAAUGUCAAGUUCAUCAGAUAAAAAUAGUCUAGCUACUGAUGUAGCUAUUUUAUGCCUGGAGAAUGCCAACUCAAAGUAUUGUCAUGAUGAUGAUUAUCUGAAGACAUUUGCUGCCAUGCUGUUUCCUUUACUCUUAAUUCUACCAAAGACACAGAGGCUAAAUUUGAAGGCUUUGCAGUUAGCCAAGGAAGUAAAGUGGCCGCUUUACCAGAAUCUUGCUGUUGCCCCCAGUGCAGAAAUGACAUUGCAAUCUGGAACCCUUUCUUCAAUAAAUAUGAAGACGGUUACUAGUUUGGCUGAGGCUUUUUUGAUGCACCCUGAAGAACAUAUGGCUUGGCUUAACAAGAUUAACGAUGAUUUUCAGUUGUUAAAGACACACUUACUCUUUAUGCUGAUGCAGUCAUUUAUUAUGAUGAAAAAUGAAAGAGGCCAGUUUUCAAUACUCUUUGAAGCUGUCUUUCCAUUUCUGAAGAGAGAGUGGGAAGCAUUUGAAUCUGUGGGUGAUGUUUCUGUGGAAGAGUUCAAAUCUGAAAUUCAAAAUUGGGAUGGCAAAAGAUUCCUAGAACAGCUAUCUGAUACUAAACUUAGAGCAUUAAAUACAAAUAUCUUGAUUUUCAUAUUUUGGAAGUUACUGGAGGCAUUAUCAGAAAUACCUGGAGAUGUUUUAGUGGAUGAUAAUGACAAAUGGGUUAGCAUUCUUGAAGAUUUGUUCAUUUUCUUCUCUACCUCUCAAUAUAAGCAUAUUUUCAAGGAACACCUUCAUUACCUUGUCAAAAGCUGCAAGGUUAUUGCUCCUGCCUGUUUUCUGUCCAGAUUUUUUACGGAAGAAGGUGGUCCUGUUGCUGUCAAACUUGAGAGUCUCCGCUGUUUUUCAUUUCUUUGUUCUCAUCUACAAGAUAACUUGUCAAUUCAAUUUUUUCCUUCUGUUCUUGUUCCAUUGGCUAGUGAUAAUCAGGAUAUAAAGAUUGCUGCGAUGAACUGCAUUGAAGGAUUACAAGCACAGUGGGCUCGUGUUGACUUUUCCAGCAAGAAAAAUGGGAGCAGUGCAAUUUGGAGCCAUUUUCUUGAUGAGCUUUUGGGCAUAAUGGUUCAACAAAAAAGGCUUAUAUUAUCAGACAAACAAUUUCUCCCGUCAUUGUUGGAAUCUUUGAUUAGCUCAUCUUGCAGUAGUCUUCUAGUGCCACAAAGUAUUCAGCAGAGGUUUGAUCAAUCUACAAAAGAAAAGAUUCUUGCCUUUCUUUUGCGUUCUGCUCUAAGCAUGUCUAAUUAUGGAAAGCUAAUGAUUCUAUCUUUACUCAAAGGAAUCGGCAGUACCAUUAUGGUUUAUAAGGAUGUUUAUUCAGUUUUAAGUUUACUUUUGGAAAGACGCAGUCGAUGUUACUUUGACUUGGAUAAGUCAUGCCAGAAAUUGUCAAAAUCUGAAAUUGAAAUGCUAUGCCUUCUGCUGGAGAUCUGUGCUGUGCCCUCUCUAUCUGGUGGAUAUGCUCUCGAAGACCAUUUAUUUCAGGCUUUGCGAUUGGACAGUAUGGGCUCAGAAGACCCUGCUAUUAUACAGCCCUGUAUCACUGUUUUAAAGAAGCUCAAUGGUGAUCUAUACACUGAGUUGAAGAAAGAUAUGCAGGAUCUUCUGUUUUAUCGGCUUGUAUUUUUAUUUCGGAAUGCUAAUGGUGAUGUACAAAAUGCAACCAGAGAGGCCCUGCUGCGCCUAAAUAUUUCUUGUUCUACUGUUGGGGAGAUGCUUGAUUUUGUAUUCAAGCAGGAAAGUCUUGCAAUUAAUUCAGUGAAUGGCAAGAAAAAGAAAUCAAAUGUGCAUAGUUGGUCCAAUCUGUCUCCGGAUGUGAUAUGUAAAGGAGAAGAUGCACUCUCUUUUCUUAGCUCUCUUCUUGAUUUUUUGCUACUGAAGAAAGACAUAGCAGAUAGGGAUUCUCUUAUAGGACCCUUAUUCAAGCUUCUUGGAAAAGUUUUUUCAGAUGAGUGGAUAGGUGGUACUCUUACUCGGGAUGAUAAGUUGGUCCAAGUAUCGCCCAGCAUUUCUGAGUCCAUGUCCAGUACAAUAUGCUACAUUCAACAGACACUGUUAAUAAUCUUGGAAGAUAUUUGUGCUUCGCUCAUCAAUGCUGUUCCAAUUAAGGAUGACAUCUUAAAUGAAAUCAACAUUAAAUUGUUGGUUGAGUGUGCCCAUUCUGCGAAGGAUGGAGUCACCCUCAACCUUAUAUUUUCAUUAAUUUCCUCUGUUGCAAAGGUUGUCCCUGAAAAAGUUUUGGAGCAUAUACUGGAUAUUCUUACUGUCAUUGGAGAAUCUGCUGUCUCACAGAUUGACAGUCAUUCGCGGCAUGUAUUUGAGGAUCUUAUAUCUGCUGUUGUUCCAUUUUGGCUAUCUAAGACGCACAACGUGGAAAAAUUACUUGAGGUUUUUAUGAAUGUGUUGCCUGAAGUUGCUGAGCACCGGAGGCUGUCAAUUGUUGUCUACUUAUUAAGGACUCUGGGAGAAUGUAGUAGCCUGCCUUCGUUGCUUGUCCUUCUAUUCCGUUCAUUGGUUUCAAGGAAAGGAUUACCUUGUGUUAAAACUUUGCAAAAUCCAGAUAGUUUCACGUCAUUGAUGCAUAGAGAGUGGGAGUACGUCUUUGCAGUGCAAAUUUGUGAGCAAUAUUCAUGCCAGAUAUGGCUCCCUGCUCUUGUUAUGCUGCUUCAACAAAUAGGGAAAGGUAAUCUGUGCCAAGAACUGUUUAUGGAAUUGUUGUUUGCCAUGCAGUUCACUCUGCUCAAAAUGCAAGAUCCAGAAUUUGCAUUCAAGCUUGAGUCGGGGGAAUGUUCUGAUGACAUUCAGAGGAAACUUGAAGAUCUCAUGGAACAGGUUGCUCCUCUCUUGCAACUUGUGGAUGAAAGUAGGAAGCAAAUAAGUAUUCCUGUUGCUAUCAGGAAAGAAUUAAAGGAGUGUAUGCGCGUUGUCUUGAGGACUAUUACCAUGCAUAUGAUCCCUUCAGCAUACUUCAAAGGCAUCAUCAAAUUGCUUGGCCAUGCAGAUGGAAAUGUUAAAAAGAAGGUUCUUGGACUUCUAUGUGAAACAGUUAGGGACCAUGACACAGUUAAAUUAAAGCAUAAGGGCAGAAGACGUCUCAACCCAAAUUCAAGUAGUACUUGGCUUCAUAUGGAUGAGAGUUCAGUUGAAACAUUUGAGAAGAUGUCUUCAGAAAUUAUUCUGAUAGUUGAUGAGUCUACUGACGAUUCAAAUGCUUCCUUGAAACUGGCAGCAGUUUCUGCAAUAGAAGUUUUGGCCAACAGGUUUCCUUCUAAUUAUUCCAUCUAUAGCAUGUCCCUUGCUUCUGUCACAAAAGGUAUUACUUCGCACAACUUGGCCGUAUCUUCUAGCUGCCUUCGCACAGCUGGUGCUUUGAUCAAUGUGCUUGGGACAAGGUCACUAGCUGAGCUUCCUCGGAUAAUGGAGAGUUUGAUAAAGAUUUCUGGCGAAGUGUCUUCAUGCUCAGGUCUGAAAACAAAAUGUGAUGAUGACAACACCCCUGUUGCAGUAUCAACUUCCAAAGAUUCUCUUAUUUUGUCUAUUCUUAUCACAUUGGAGGCAGUUGUAGACAAGCUUGGUAGUUUUUUGAACCCAUAUCUUGGAGAUAUCAUGAAAAUUUUGGUGCUUCAUCCUGAAUAUUUAUCAGAGGCAGACCUAAAGUUGAAACUGAAAGCUGAUGCAGUCCGAAAACUGCUCACUGAGAAAAUCCCAGUACGGCUUGCACUUCCGCCUUUGCUAAAAAUAUACUCCAAUGCUGUUCAAUCUGGAGAUUCAAGCUUGGCAAUUGCUUUUGAAAUGCUUGCUAACUUUAUUGGUUCAAUGGAUAAAUCAUCUGUUAGUGGUUACCAUGCAAAUAUUUUUGACCUUUGCUUGCUCGCUCUUGAUCUACGCCGUCAACACCCACCUUCAGUUCAAAAUAUUGAUGUUGUUGAAAACAAUGUCAUCAAUGCAAUUAUUGUUCUGACCAUGCGACUUACUGAGACCAUGUUCAAGCCUCUUUUUGUUAGGAGUAUUGAGUGGGCAGACUCAGAUGUGGAUGAAACUGAAAGUAUGGGAAGUUCAAAUAUUGAUAGGGCUAUAAGUUUUUAUAGCCUGAUGAACAAACUUGCAGAGAGCCAUCGGUCUUUAUUUGUUCCUUACUUUAAAUAUUUGCUGGAUGGUUGCAUACGGCAUCUUACUAAUGCUGGAGAUGCAAAAACUUCUGGUUUGACGCGUAAGAAAAAGAAGGCCAAGAUUAUGGAAGCAGGCAAUAUGAACGAGGAAAACAGUGUGUUAUCACUAAGAAAUUGGCAUCUUAGGGCAUUGGUCUUGUCAUCAUUACAUAAGUGCUUUCUCUAUGAUACUGGGAGCAAGAAGUUUCUCGACUCUUCAAAUUUUCAGGUUCUAUUGAAGCCCAUUGUUUCACAGCUUGCCAUAGAACCACCCUCUUCUCUUGAAGAGAAUCAAAAUGUACCAUCCACAAAGGAAGUUGAUGACUUAUUGGUUGUUUGCAUAGGUCAGAUGGCUGUGACUGCAGGAACUGACCUUUUGUGGAAACCCUUGAACCAUGAGGUUUUGUUGCAAACUCGUUCUGACAUGGUGCGGACUCGAAUUUUGGGCCUGAGAAUUGUUAAAUAUCUUCUGGAGAAUCUGAAAGAAGAAUAUCUAGUGUUAUUGGCUGAAACCAUCCCCUUCCUUGGCGAAUUACUUGAGGAUGUAGAGCUAUCUGUUAAAUCUCUAGCACAGGAGAUUCUCAAGGACAUGGAGUUCUUGAGUGGCGAAAGCCUCCAGGAGUAUCUUUGAUGUUGUACACUAGCUGAGGAUGAUUCUCUUUUUUCCCAAGGGUUGACAUAUUUGGUAUAGCAGAUAUGGGCUUGGGGCUUCAAUUUUGGUAGGGUUUUCUAGGAAAGCUGUAAAUUGUAGAAUUUUGAAUUAUAGAAGGCUGCUUACAACCAACAAGCUCAAGAUAACUAAGUGUAAGGUGAGGGUUUGCUGAGAAAUCAUGGCUAUAAGCCCUUGUAAUGAAAUUACAGUGUGCAAGGAAUUGUCACAUUUUUGUUCUUACUACCAUAUCUAUAUUAAUAUACGCGGUUUUAAGGAA